AGCCAGUUUAUAAAAUGUUGUACUUUUAUCGACGAAAUCUCACGUGCAAUUCUUGCAUAUUCUCUAACGAUUUUUGUAGCACACUUAUCUACGUUAGUAUGUACUCACACAGAUGACGUAGCCAUCGUGUUUUCACCGCGAAAACCUGAGCAAACGUGAUUCUCUCUGUUUCUCAAUGAGAUAGAAACGAAUUCGUUAUUUUCUCGUUUUAAAUAUCGAAACCUGCGACUAUGGCAAGCUCUGUCAGUACAAAUCCAUCAACGUUAUUACCCUUAGAGCUAGUUGAUAAGUGCAUCGGCUCUCGGAUACACAUUAUUAUGAAGAACGACAAAGAAAUCGUGGGGACUUUGUUAGGUUUCGACGACUUUGUAAAUAUGUUAUUAGAAGAUGUAACAGAAAGCGAAGCAACUCCCGAAGGAAGGAGAGUCACCAAACUCGAUCAGAUAUUACUCAAUGGAAGUAAUAUAACAAUGCUUGUACCUGGUGGAGAAAUGCCUGACACGUAAAGAUGUUUUUUAUUAUACAAUAAUUUUUUUUUGUACAAUAAACAAUUUAAGAAUACCUGUUACGUAUAACUAAAACUAA